GAAUGGAACUUACUGAACUCUACAGUGCCGGCUGCUGCUGCUCUAUUUGCUAUAACAUCUGAACAUAUAAACUCAAGACGACUUGUAGAGGUAAUUCAAGGAAUUGUCUGCGUUGAGGCGGAAAAGGCAAAAAGAUGUUGUCCAACAUAUCUGCGGGAGAAAACAGUGAAGUGGAAAAAAUUGUGGUUAAAUGUUCCAAGUCCGGAAUGCACAAUUACAUCUUCAUCACCAUUCCAAUCAUUUAUAGCACAAUAUUUGUUGUAGGAGUAUUUGGCAACAGCCUGGUGGUAAUUGUGAUUUAUUCCUAUAUGAAGAUGAAGACAAUGGCUAGCGUCUUUUUAAUGAAUUUAGCUCUGUCUGAUUUAUGUUUUGUGAUCACUUUACCCUUAUGGGCAGUUUACACAGCAAUGCACUAUCACUGGCCAUUUGGUGACUUAUUGUGCAAGAUCGCAUCAACUGCUAUAACCUUAAAUCUAUAUACCACUGUCUUCUUACUCACAUGCCUCAGCAUUGACCGCUACUCUGCCAUUGUCCAUCCCAUGAAAUCCCGCAUUCGCCGCACUGUAAUGGUAGCCAGGCUAACAUGUGUUGGUAUAUGGCUUGUAGCCUUUUUGGCAAGCCUGCCUAGUGUAAUAUAUCGUCAGAUAUUUAUAUUUCCUGAUACAAAUCAAACAGUGUGUGCCCUAGUAUAUCAUUCUGGACAUAUAUAUUUUAUGGUUGGCAUGAGUUUGGUCAAGAAUAUUGUUGGUUUUUUUAUUCCUUUUGUAAUCAUUUUAACAAGUUACACAUUAAUUGGGAAGACCCUGAAAGAAGUCUACAGAGCUCAAAGGGCCAGAAACGAUGACAUUUUUAAGAUGAUUGUAGCUGUUGUUCUACUCUUCUUUUUCUGUUGGAUUCCUCAUCAAGUCUUUACGUUUCUGGAUGUUUUAAUUCAGAUGGAUGUGAUCCAAAACUGCAAAAUGUACGAUAUUGUGGACACAGGCAUGCCCAUUACAAUAUGCAUUGCUUACUUUAACAGCUGCCUGAACCCUUUCUUGUAUGGGUUUUUUGGAAAGAAAUUCAGGAAACAUUUUCUACAACUCAUUAAAUAUAUACCACCAAAAAUGAGGACCCAUGCAAGCGUCAACACCAAAUCGAGUACAGUUUCGCAACGUCUGUCUGACACCAAGUGCGCAUCAAAUAAAAUUGCCUUGUGGAUAUUUGACAUUGAAGAACAUUGCAAAUAGGUUAGUAGGUAUUGUAUUCCUAAGUAAACAUAUAAAUACUAUACUAUAAAGUGGAGAAAUUCCAGAUUAUUAAAUAUUACCUUCUGCAACGGGCAGCUUUCCAGAUUCUCAUAUGGAGAUACUUAUACAUUACUAUACAGAAGAAAAUCAAGAUCAUUUCACAGACUAUAAAAGCAAGGCUUUCCUAAUUUUGCAUUUGCUUUGCUUUGUAUACCUCGUGCAUUUAUAGAUAAUGUAGAGGCGUAUUGCAAAAAAGCAGCCAUUCGCAAUGUAAGACUAAUCGAUGAUGAAGGAAACUCAUGUGUAAAUAUAUGUUUUGAAUGUGCCAUCAUACUGUAUGUAUACCUCAUUAAUUUAUUUGACAGUCAGUAUUCAUCUGUAUAUAUCUUUUAUUGUACAUUAACUCAUUUAACUUAUUGUAUAUAAUCCAUAAUGUACCUGGCGCAUACAAAAUAUAUUCAUAACAUUCACGGAUUUAAACAGAAAAGUUGAUGUUCAUACCUAUUGAUUGUUCAUACUCCAAUCAGCUGCUAGAUCAACCUAAACUUUUCUAUAAUUUUAAGGCAUAUUGUAAAAUUGAAAGAUCAUGCAGACCCUGCUGUAAUCUCUCCAGGUCCACAUCUGGACCACAUGUCUUUUCCUCCCUUUUACUGUUCCUGACACUCUGUUGUGUAUUAUAUUAUUCCCAACAGAUCAAAAUGUAAUGAAAAACUUGGGUUA